AUGUUCAGCGAAAUAGACGUAGACCAAGAGGAGGACCAAAGGGACGAAAUCACGGACGAAUUCGAUCUCGACAACUAUGAUGCUGACGAAGUGCCAGGUGAACAGUUCUUCACGCUGUCUAAUGAGGAUGAGAAACUUAUCGUCGAGGAUGCGGAAGAUGUGGAGUCACGUAAACUGGAUGGGGAUGACAGGGUUAUUGUCUGCGGAAAUAGUGGCGAGGAUUGCGCAUCGAUCGAUUUCUUCAUAUACAACACUGCAUAUUGUGGGCUGGAGACAUGCCACUCCAUCCUGAUCGCAUCUUUCCCAUUAGUGCUGGAAAUAGUCCCUAAUCUUCCCAAUUAUGCGCCUCUAGUGGCAGCGGGCACCUACGAGUCCCAUAUAGACAUAUGGGAUAUGAGGCAAAUCGACAAACUAGACCCCGUCAUAACCCUCGGUGGCCAGGGGAAAUCGCAAAAACAAGCGCACGAAGACGCUGUACAGUGUCUAUCUAACUCGCCCCAUGUCUCGCAACUUAUGGCCAGCGGAUCAGCCGACAAAACAGUCAAGGUCUGGGAUCUCAACGAGGCACAAGUGUUGCAUUCGUUUGAUCACCACACGUCAAAUGUCCAAGUGGUGCAAUUCUCACCCUUCGAUCCAUCCCUUCUGUUAACAGCAUCAUUCGACAAAACAGCUGCACUGUGCGACAUCCGGGAAUGCACAAGCAAGAUUCACAUCAAGCUGGACUCUGAUGUGGAAUCCGCCGUCUGGAAAAGCGCAAACAAUGUGGUGAUCUCAAUGGAAGAUGGGAGCGUUGCAGAGUACGACAUCCGGAGCGAGAAAAUGCUCUGGCAAAUCAAGGCCCACAAGAAGGCUUGCAGUUCGGUACAGCUCGUUGACAAUGUAAUGGUAACGUGUGGAUUGGAUUCCAAAGCAAAGGUGUACAAACUUGGAGACACGAAACCCACGAAAUUGGCUUCCAAAAACCUCAACACGGGCCCUUUGUUUAGCGUAGAGGGUUCACCAGAUGACAAACACCUCAUGGGCUUCGGAGGGGAACUGCUUGUACUGUGGGACCUGGAAACAAUAGACAGAUUCGAGGAUAUGAUCAAGAUGUAG